AUGAGGAAAACCUCCGAGGAUUGUCUCACUUUGUCUCCAGAAUGGAAAGUAGAAGAUGAGGACAUCAUACAGUAUAUUCUAGGAGAAAACCCGCCUCCCUCCAAUGUCCAUCCGGCCCCACCCAGUGUAGAUGGACCAUCGGAUUCCUCGUAUCCUGAGGAACCUCAGACUGUGCGGGACCGGGCCGGCCUUCCAACAGGGAAGAGCUUCUCCUGUACUGAGUGUGGGAAAGGUUUCCGUUCUAAAUAUGGUCUUAAUGUCCAUAUAAGAUCUCACACAGGUGAGAAGCCGUAUUCCUGUCCUGAGUGCGGGAAAUGUUUUUUAAGGAAGUCCCAACUUUACAGACAUCAGAGGUUUCACACAGGUGAGAAGCCAUAUUCCUGUUCUGAGUGUGGGAAAUGUUUUGUACUAAAAUCAGAUGUUGUCACCCAUCAAAGGCGUCACACGGGGGAAAAACCGCACUCCUGUCCUGACUGUGGACAUCAGAGGUUUCACAAGGGGGAGAAGCCGUAUUCCUGUUCUGAGUGCGGGAAAUGUUUUUCAGACAAGUCCUUUUAUCACAAACAUCAGAGAUCUCACACAGGAGAAAAGCCAUAUUCCUGUCCUGAGUGCGGGAAAUGUUUUUCAUGGAAGUCCAAUUUUUACACACAUCAGCGAUCUCACAAAGGGGAGAAGCCACUUUCCCUGUUCUGA